AUGUCAAAUAUUUUCGUGUCGGAUCGAAAAAUCGAGCUAUCAGCUAAAUGUUUUCGUGUCGCCUCGACGAAAGGACAUAAAAGUCAACAUCCUACUGUACCGGAGACUAUAAAAUUCAACAUUACUCAUGGAUUUCCAAAGAUUCCAAAGAGUUUCUGGCUUUCAUUCGAAGCAACCAUGUCGAGAAAUACGCGUGUCAUCAUGUCGGUUAUGCGAACCAGAACCCUCCAAGAGGUGUUCGAAGAGUCGAAACUGGUGAUUUCCCAACUGACAGAAGAGGAAAUUUACGAGUUCAAAGAAGCAUUUCAGCUUUUUGACAAGGACGGAAACGGCACAAUUUCGAUCAAGGAACUGGGUGUUGCGAUGAGAGCUCUGGGACAGAAUCCGACGGAACAACAAAUGAUGGAAAUCAUCCAUGACGUCGACCUUGAUGGAAACGGUCAAGUCGAGUUCCCAGAGUUUUGUGUUAUGAUGAAAAGAAUCAUGAAGGAAACCGACUCGGAAAUGAUUCGCGAGGCAUUCAAAAUCUUCGAUCGCGACGGAAAUGGAGUCAUCACUGCGAAUGAGUUCAAGUUGUUCAUGAUUAACAUGGGCAUGUGUUUCGAUGAGUCCGAAGUGGAGGAAAUGAUGAAUGAGGUGGAUUGUGAUGGUAAGUGA